UCCAACUAACUCCUAAUUAACCAACAGUUUCGAGAAACGAAAAACAGGAAAGAGGACAAAAAAAAAAUGUGUGCAUUGGUGCCACCGCUGUUCCCUAACUUCGGAUGGCCUUCGACGUCGGAGGUGCAAAUCUACGGCAGCGGAGAUAUUAACGACGGCGGGUUUCUUGAUUUUCCGGAGGCGGAUGCUCCGGAGAGUCUGAGAAUACUGUCCAAUUCAUCGGCGGGGAAAGGGAAGAGCGACAAGACGGCGGCGAAGAAGCUUGGCCACAACGCCAGCGAACGCGACCGACGCAAGAAGAUCAACGCCUUGUUCUCAUCCCUCCGUUCUCUCCUCCCCUCCUCCGACCAUUCGAAGAAGCUAAGUCUUCCAGCCACGGUUUCACACGCCUUGAAUUACAUAGGGGAGCUGCAAGAGCAGAUCAAGAAGCUUAUUCAGAAGAAGGAAGAGCUCCUGCUAGGUCUAUCAAGACAGACAGACAUCAUAACAUCCCACAAAGGUAGGGAUGAUGAUGAUGACGAUGAUCAUGGUCAUGAUCAUGACACGCCAGUAAAGGCGAUGAAUGUCGGGUUUGCGUCCAUUGUUUCGGCGACAAGGCUCGGCGAAACCGAGUUGAUGGUCCAAAUCUCAUCGCCUAAGACCGUGAAAUGUUCGUUUUCGAAUGUCUUAACCGGUCUUGAAGAGGAUGGUUUCGUUCUUAUAGAUGCUUCUUCUUCACUGUCUCGAGGAGAUAGGCUGUUUUAUACCUUACACUUUCAGGCUGAGGUUGGUGAUAAUUACAAGUUGAACGUCCAAGAUUUGAGUGACAAGUUGUUGUCUUUGUACGAGUUCAGAUGAUUUACGUACAUAUAUAUAUCUGUGUCCGUACGUUCCAUAAUCUCAUGAAUUAGAAAUCUAA